AACGUGGUUAACGCCUGCAAGGCCUUGGGCAUCCCGACGGACCUGUGCCUGGGCCACCGGAUCCACAGCUCGGUGAUGUGGGGGAUCGGCGUCAACGGCAGCGCCACCACACAGAAGAACAAAAAGGGGAGGGCGCUUGUGGCAAGGUGCGCAGCCUGCGCAGGGAUGUUCAGCCAUUCUUGCACCAACAGUGACGCCUUUCGCCUCCUGCAGGAGACCAGGAACGCCAAGCAGCGGGAGGAGAUGGAGCAAGUUCGUAUCGACGCCAGCGCCAUCGAAGAAGCAGCUGAAGGGGAGCCACCAGCCGGCUCCAGCGCCGCCACCGAAGGGAUCCCGAAAGCACUCAACAUCUGCAGGCGCAACGACGCCAGAUCGUUUGGCUGUCCACGGAGCGGUUCCUGGAGAGACUGUGCGUCCUCGAGGAACCCAUCGGCGAAUUCCUCGAAGACCGCCAAGCAUUGGCUCACCGGGGUCUCUCACGUUCCCGAGUGGGUGGCGACGAAGGAGCUCUGCAGCGUACUGGAGCCGCUGAAGAUCGUCACCCACAAAAUCCAAGGCGGUGCUGAAGGACUGCUCAGCCGCGCCAUCUACCUUGCCCACGACGUCGGCGAAAUGCUCCGCGAGGAUGCCAUCAAGACUAUCUACUGGGUCAGCCGGAAGGCCCAGCGGAACGACUCUACUCCCGGCACCAUGGUACAGCUCAGUAACCUCUCCGACGUCGCCUACACGGCCGUGAAAGUCAUCGUCGAGUAGUUCAAGAAGCGCAACAUCGGCACCCCGGUUGAAGACAUCGAGUUUCUAGCCCUGUUAUUUGACCCGCGAACCAAGGACUUCGGCCCCCGCGCGUGUGGGGGAGAAGAGGGCAAGGAAAAAGCUCUCGCGGCGCUGUCGGCUGUGUCGAUCCACUUGAUCGACACAGUCGAGGAACAUGGCGUCGCCGAUGUGCUAGCCCCACCUGCUGUCACCCCGCUGCCCGAAAAACGAGCGAAGGUGGCCGCAAGCGCGUACGAACGGCGUCAGGCGCGGAAGAUCCAGGAGGCAGCAGCUGCGCGGACGACUGCGCGUAGAGACCAGCCGUCUUUAACGGAUCGCCUGGAGAAGGAGGUCGAUGAAUACAGCAAGCUACCUGCCGCCGUACCCUCUGAAGGUUAUGUCGUCCUCGGUUUCUGGCGGGACGCCCGCAGCCCGCGUCUUGACCCCCACGGAAACGUUGUUUCUGCUGCGCAAUUCCCCAUCUUGUCCAUGCAUGCUCGCGUGUACCUUUGCAUUGACAGCACUAGUUGCCAGUCAGAGAGGGAGUUUUCGGGGCUGGGAUUCGUGUACAAUAGUCUUCGGCAGUCGAUGCUGCCCGACCGUGUCGAGAUGGUGAUGUUCCUCAGGUCUACCCCCCAUUUUAUUCCCGAGAUCAUGAAGUUGUACAUGGAGUUAGGGGAGCUGCUUAUAGCGCAGUCUGUUGGGAAGGCUAAAGCUGCAUCUGUCCAAGCCGCUCGUGCGGGAGAGCAAGUGGAUGUCGAUGUUGAAUCUGACUGUGUGAAAUAGGGGCGUAUGUAUUUGGAUGUUACAAGAAGCCUCGUGUUACCGGAGUGCUAGCACUGGCAAGUUUCCACAACAGGCGAAUGAGGAAUGAUCUGCUGUUGUACGUGUUGCAGGAACGUAUGAGUCGAGGAGGUAUCGAUGCGCGGAACGGGAUGUCGGGAACGGUUCCUUUCUGAAUAAUUGAUUAAUUGACAG